AUGAUUCCACUGGUAUGGUUUCUGCUGGUAACAGCCCUCCUUCCUGUGGGCUUUGUCUCCGCCAAGCCGGAAUAUGGCGUUGGCUUCGAGCUGACCCUUGACUAUGGUGUUGCAAGUAUUCAAUUCCCUAAUGGCUCCCAUGUGGAGGUCGCCAAGAUUGAAGGCAAUCCCACCUACAAGCAACGAAUGCGUACAGCGGAUGUCCAGAAGGACUAUGCUUACAUUGCCCCCGACGCCCAGACCACAGUGGGCUGGCCAUCAUUUCGCGACUACUUGCCACUUUGGCUCGGUGGUCACAAUCACUCCCAUGAAUCCCUUUCGGGGAUGCUCAAGUCAUUAAAGAUAGCCGUCGAGUCUUAUCUAGAGGCCCCGGUGCCAACAGCUGAAAUCACCGUCCCAUUCCCAAUCUCUGACACUUUCUUUGAUACCCUUCGCUCCACCGCCAAGUUCAUAUCUAUGUCCAUCCCUGCAGCUCCUGCAACCCCCGCUGGCAUAUUAGUAGCACUCCAUGUAUAUGGCAUUGGCCCCGGAAAGUGUGGCUACCCUCCAGACCAGAAAGACCCGGCACAGGCGUUCCUUAGUGUGGAGUAUACACGUUCCGCUUUGACCGCCCUAUUGAUUUUCGAAGAGUGUGGAGUAUAUGAAGAUUUGCGAGUAUUACAUGAAACCCAGCUUGGGUCGCAAGGAUCACCCCAGGAUUGUCGGGCCAAGCUCACAAGAGCGCUUCGAGACAUCGUCGAGAUGCCCAUCGAAUACAACGGCGAGAUGCUCAAGUCACUCAGCAACGUGGUCUUGUUAGGUGAAUCAUCACAGGACCAUCUUCUACACGACGUACUCGAAGAUGUUUUGCGCAAGCAACAGCAGUUUGGCAUCAAUACUGUGGUCGUCGAUAAACACAAGGAACUGGUUAACCCGGUGUUUGCUGCAUCAGUGGGUGCUGCACGGCUAAAUUUGAUUAGAUCAAAUUUCGACCGCGAUGAAAUAUAA